AAAUAAGGAGGGCAUUAUAACAUGGGUAAACCAAGCUAAAACAUGAGGAACACUAAAAGGCAGGAGAUUUCGAGCUGUUACCAGCUCAUUUUCAGCUGCAAAAAACACAAAAUAAAUAAAUUCAUAAAAUGUGUGCUAUUUGCAGCUGGGAAACUCCCAAUUUUUGGCAAUUUCUCUACAUUUCUGGUGAAAAUAAGCAAACAAAAGUACGGCUUUCAUUGCGUAAGGGUUUUCCGUAAAAUCGUAACGUAAUAUUUCAUAGAGGUGCGGGCCUGCGUGACGGGUACGUGGUGAGGGAAGAGUUGUCUAAAAGUCUGAAUUUUAAUGAAAUGUCGUUUCGAUCCUCGAUAAGAUAGAUGUAUGUAGGUAUGCCCCGUGUGCUAUCUAAGUUCUAUUUUUAUGCCCCUCUUCGAAUAUUACCCAACUUGGAAAUGACAGAAGAAGAAAAAAGAAAAUAUUAAAUUGCUUCCAUUUACAGGAAAAAACUGACUGAAACAUCGCCCGGUCGUAGUCUCCUUAUGGCAGCCAAUAACAUCGCCUCAGAAUAUUUUCCACCCAGCAACCAUUUUUUAGUAAUUUUAUUUUUCGUUCGUAACUUGAAAAUAUAAAAAUUCCAAGCCGAGCAAUUUUUGAAACAAGCCACAUUGAGCAAAAUGCUCACUGUAAAUUCCAUGGUUACGGUCUAAAGCAACUCGAAAACGCUCAUAUGGUUCAAUGAAAUCCGCACCUCUCAUUGGCGGAAUUUUCCGAGGGAAAAAGCUAUAAAACCCCCGAAUUUUCGUCCACUGGCUCAGUAUCAAUGAGGCACUCGCGAAGCUCGGAGCGAUGGCGCCGAAAACUGAUUGUGGCUGUCCCAUGUCUCCUGGCACCUCCAAGCGCGGCGCCGCUAAGGGCAAGAAGAAAGUCUCGGCCUCAACGCGCGCGGGGUUAAUCCUCCCUGUGGGUCGCAUCGGAGGGCUGCUUCACCGAGGGCACUAUGCCCACCGCACCAGCCAAAAGGCCCCCGUGGCCAUGGCAGCCGUCCUCGAAUAUCUGGCCUUCGAGAUCCUCGACCUGGCCGCCGCCCAGAACUGUAUGAGGAAACGCAUCACCCCGCGAGACAUCCUCUUGGGCAUCCGCAACGAUUUGGAACUGGACGAGUUGUUCACUAGCUGCAAGGAUUCCACGAUCCGGGAAGGUGGUGUCGUGCCAGGGUUGAUUAUGCCCUACGAACGGCCCAAGCCCAAGAGGGUGGUUAAGAAGAAGCAGAAGAAAAGGAAGAAGAAGAAGUCCGAACGCUCUGACAUGGACACUAGUGGCAGAAGUGCUCAGUGCGCCCCCACCCCACCGCCCGACUGUUGAUGAGUCCUCUUUUAAAAAGGCCCUUUUAAGGGCCAAUAAUGCGAGAGCUAAUAACGAUUGUGUCAAUACUGAACAUUGCCUCCAUUUCUGAAACUUGGAAACUGUUCAAGUGAUUUGAACAUCUCUAAAUGUUUGAAAUUUCCGAAUUUAGUAGAUAUUUUUG